UUAAAGGGUUUAAAUUAAAUAUUAAAAACAGCAACACGCAACCCAAACCCUUCCCAAACGAUGCAUCCUCCCCAAAACGCAUUAUUUAUUCAGUGACCGUUUAACCCGACAAACGGUUUGCGACAAACAUCGAGCGACGCGGCACAGAUGUUACAGACAGAAGCCAACAUCGAAAAGAAGGGCUUACAACACACACGUCAGUAAAAUCCCUCUCAUUGCCGACUAAAUCCAUACAUUAAAAUAGUCCCCAAUGUCCAAUUUGGAUAAAUGUUAAACCUCUUCUCGCACACGAACUUCACGAGCUGAUGAACCCAACCAGGAAAUGCUAAUUAAGCUGUUCACUGUUUUGGAAAGCAAAAAAUCAAAAUUAUCUUGAUGAAGAGCAAUGUUUUGUUUUUUAUUAAACAUACAUCAAAUGGUUCAUAAUUUUGCCACCCGAUUGUUAAGAGUGUGCAGUUUCAUUUUGUCUCCAUCGGACACAGUUUGUUUGUAGUGUUUGGUGCACCGGAAAUAUGACGGCCAAACUGCUGACAACGGUUGCCCGGGGAUUGAUUGUGAUGCAGUUCGUACUACACUGUCCCUCGGUCGCUUUUAAUGGGACACAUGAUAAGGUGGAGAUUGCUACAACUACCACACCGGCUACCGUCUGGAAGAGGCCACCGAUCGAGUACGAUAGGGAUCUGGUGGUAAGUUGAAGAUUGGAGUUGGAGAACCAUCCCUGUAAGCGCAACCCUUCUUCGUCAACAAACCGAUUCAAGAUUGAACUCAUCGAGGCGGCAGAUUAUCCGAUCGAAAAGCACGUACUCACAACAUCGGACGGGUACAUUCUGAAGCUUCAUCGUAUACCGGAUCCGAUGCAGUUCCCCAGCGCGGAACAGGGAACCGGCACGAAAGAUACGGACGAUCCCGACGAACAGAUACGCUUUGGCCCGACGAAAGCAUUCCGCGGGACGGUCCUACUCGUGCCGGGCCUGUUCUCUACGGCGGCCGAUUUUGUUGUAACUGGGCCGGAAAAUGCAUUAGCUUUUGUGUUGGCCGACGCAGGCUACGAUGUGUGGCUUGCCAAUGUGCGUGGAUCACGCUUUUCGAGGAAAAACACCAAAAUGAGUGUGGCGGAUAGUCAGUUCUGGGAUUUCAGCUUUCACGAAAUCGGUACAAUCGACCUACCGGCCAUCAUUGACUACAUCGUGAGAGAAACGAACGCACCGAAAAUAUUCUACGUCGGUCACAACCAGGGCAUGACGGAUCUGUUCGUACUGCUGUCCACCAAACCGCGCUACAAUCGCAAAAUCCAUCACGCCAUAGGUCUGGCCUCGAUUGCAUACCUCGGUACGACGGAAAACCGUGUCGUACGACGUGCAGCCGAACUGACCGACAAACUGUACGCCACCUUACGUGCGCUCAACAUCCACGAGCUAAAGCCUUCGCCGGACAUUGUUCGGCUGCUGAGCGGUACCGUGUGUGCCAGCGACAUGAGCGAACUGUGUGGGGAAAUGUUGCGUGGCUUCUUCGGCACGACCGUUGAUCGAUCGCGCAACGUACUGCCCAACAUUGUGGACGAUCUGCUGACGAGCGUAUCGACCCGGCAGCUUAUCCAUUUCGGCCAACUUAUGCAAACAAGUAUAUCAAAAGAGAGAGGUAGAGUUGCGUAGGUUUUUUUGCAUCACUUUUGGUUUGAUUUCUGUUGCAGAGAAAUUUCAACAGUUUGAUUAUCGUAACUAUAUGCUCAACACACAAAAGUAUGGCGA